CUCCCAGCUCCGCGCGCUGACAGACAGACAGGAGGAAGACGGACCUGAGGCAGGAGACUUCCUCAACCCUGCGCUCCUCAGCAGCUUCUCCGGCGCACUUAGUCUCGUCUCCAAAAGAAAACCUACUUGGUUCCUCUUCAUUCUGCCUUUAAAGACUCAGACUAUGGAGGAUUCAAGCCCUCGCCGUGGUGGCUCUGUGUUUGCGGGGCUGGUGGGAGCAUCGCAGGUACUCGGACUGGUGUCUGUUGUUUUGACCGGCGUGUGGAUGGGUCACUACAGAGGUGGCUUUGCCUGGGAUGGUUCAGCUCAGGAGUUCAACUUGCACCCUCUUUGCAUGGUGCUGGGCCUAAUCUUCCUGCAUGGUGAUGCCAUAUUAGUUUACAGAGUUUUUCGCAAUGAAGCAAAGAAACAUGUGAAGCUGCUUCAUGGCAUUAUUCAUCUGCUUGCCCUCAUCAUCAGCAUCGUAGGGAUUGUCGCUGUGUUUGACUUCCACAGAGCAGCUAAGAUCCCAGACAUGUACUCUCUGCACAGCUGGUGUGGCAUGGCCACGGUAAUUCUGUUCUGCUUACAGUGGGUGUUAGGUUUGAUGUUCUUCCUGUUUCCUGUUGCAUCAUCAUGGUUACGAGCCACAUACCUCCCUAUCCAUGUGUUCUCGGGCCUGACUCUGUUGGUCAUGGCUAUUGGGACGAGUCUGCUUGGUAUCACAGAGAAACUCCUCUUCAGCAUAACGUCAACCUACUCUCAGUUCGCCCCAGAGGGGAUCCUAGCUAACAUCUUGGGGAUCCUGCUGGUGUCCUAUGGAGUUGCUCUGGUUUACUUGAUAACCAAGGAUGAGUACAGACGCCCCCCAAACCCAGAAGAAGAGGCGCUGUCUGUCCACUUUAAGAACCUGACUGAGGGUGGGGAACCAACAAGCCCCUGAAGCUGUGACUGCAGGAGCUGCCAU